AUGUCGGCAGAGCCCAAAAAACCACGAUUAGACGAUGAAAAUGUGAGUUUUCUUUAGUAAUUUUCAAAUAAAAUUGAAGUUUUCAGGUUUCCCUUGAAGAAAAUAAUGCAGAAACUACUGGUUGGUUCGAUAUUCCCUAUGAAAUGAGGAAAAUUGUGAUCGAUGAAAUGGAUAUUGAAACUCGAUGUAGAUUUGCCAUUUGCUCCAAAAAAUGUGAAGAAGAGGCGAAAAUGUCGCAAGAGUACUUGAAAAGUUUGAAAAUCUGUCGAGGGCCUCAUCCGGAAUUAUAUAUUGGACAUGAAACAUCUGGUUAUCAUUUUUGUAUGGAAUUUUUGGCUGUCAGUAAAUUGACUGAGAAUACGACUAUUGUAAUUUAUAAAACGUAUGUUUAAAUACUAAAUAACAUAAUUUUCUAUAUAAAAUUUUGCAGCACCGGCAACAGAUUGAAUGCAGAAAAAGAUAAGAAAAAAGAGUUAUGA